CACUUCGCGCCCGAUUCCCCUCGAUUUCCAACCAGCCCUGUCGAUUGCUCUCGUGUUAGCGCACCACCACUGUCGACGCCGCAUUCGCGCAGACUCCAGUUCAGCGAGCUGAUUAGACGUGCACACUCCGCGCGUGCUGCUAGAAAACCGCGAUCGAGUUUUAGACGCCCUGCGUCGCCGCGAUUCACGGCAAGGGUAUGUCGGGAGAGAGAGACGUUCGCGAGAGGCUCAGGCCGCCAGGCAGCGGCAGCAGCAGCAGCAGCAACAGCGGCGUGCUUAAUUCGUCGCGAAGCGACGUCGCUUCGACCGACAGAUUCGCGAGCUCCACCCAGCUCCUAACAGCGGGAGGCUCCUCGCCGCCUCGCGACAGGUUCGCGACGUCGUCGCAUCCUGCAACCCUCGCUUCCGCGCUCUCUUCCUCCUCCUCGUCGUCUUUUUCCACCCACGCGACGCCAAUUCGCAGCGCGCCAAGCCUUAUAAUUCCUGAAUUGGUGGCGGGACCAACCGCCAACGGCGCCGCGCUUAACGGCGUCGAUUUCGGUGUGCUUAGCGGCGUCAACGGCGUUAAGGGAAUCAACGAAAUCAACGGAGUGAAGGAGGGGAUUCCGGAGAACGCUAUACUGCCCGUGAGCCACCCCCCGGCAGUGAGAAUGACAAAUGGCGGACUCGAGUCGCGCGAGGCGGGGUCUCACGCCGCCGGCCUCGCGGGAACGACAUUGCCGCGAGAUGCGGCGGAAUUUGCGGCGAUGGCGAUUGCUGCGGCGAAGGCGGCGCAGAGACGAACGCUGGAAUGCGCGAUCGACGCCGUGGACGCGCUCUCCGCGUGGUGCGGCGCCGCAAGCGCGGGGGGAGUCGGCGGAGGCGGAGGGGCAACGGGGGGCGCGCUGAUGCGGCGCGGAGGGGGAGGCGGGGGCGCGAGCGUGCUGGGGGGAGGCGGAGACCCGCUGAAGGGGAGUCGGAAGAUAUGGGUGGCGGGCCUGCUGCUGGUGGCGCUGAUUAGCCUCCUGAACACGGCACACGUGAGGGACUUCAGAAAGGAUGACGUCACGCCCUUCGUUACAAGCCUGGCGAGCAGCGAGGCGCAGCUGGCGCGGCAGCUACAGGCGCAGGCGUCAGUGGUGUCGGAGCUGUCGUCGCGCUCGCAGCAGCAGGUGCAGCUGCUCGGCGCGCUGCUGCAGCGCACGCAGGGGCUCGAGGGCGCGCUGGGGCGCCUGGCGGAGGGGCGCGUGCAAGAGCUGCGGCUGCAGCGCGCCAUCAUCGACAGCCUCAAGGCGCGAGUCGCCCAGCUGCAGAAAGAAGUCGCUGCGGCCAAGGCCGACUCUGCUGCCGCCUCCACUGCGGCUGCUGCUGCUGCUGCUGCCGCUGCCGCUGGUGCUGGUGAUGCUGGUGCUGCCGCUGCCGCUGCCACUGGUGGUGGUGGUGCUGCUGCUACAGCCAGGGGCUCACUGCUUGAGCUGCCGACCCAGGGGCAGGGGCAGGGGCAGGGGCAGAGGGGGGAUCAGCGGCAGGAGGAGACGGAGCAGAAUGAGGAGCAGAAUGAGGAGCAAACACAGGAGCAGGAGCAGGGGCAAAGACAGGAGCAGGAACAUCAGGAGCAGCAAGAGAGGCAGGAGGGAGAAGGAGAGGGCGAAGAGCGAAGGGGGGAGCGGAGGGAAGGGGGAGACACGGAAGGAGGGGGUGUGGUAGCGGACUUGGGUCUGAUUGGUCGAGAGGAAGAAUACACGCCGUUUAGAGAGUACUCCACACCAUCUGGCUAUAGGUUCAUCCGUUUCAGCGCGCACCGCAUCUCCCCAACGGCCUUUGCUGCCAUUGGCGUGGCUCCCCUGUCGGCCCGCAGCCUCUCCGCCCCCCUCAGCCACUGCAUCUGGCUUCCCCCCUCUGGCUCCCCCCUCCCCCCAGUGCGGGGAGCCCUCUCCGCGUUCUUCCCCUCGCACCCCUCAGAGCAACCGUCAGAAACAGUGGUGCUGCGCUGCUCCUUCCCCCCCCCUGCUGCGCCUGGGGAGGGGGAGCAGCAAGGGGAGGGGAGGGGGGGUGGGGGGGAGGGGGCUUUGCCGUAUGGAGGCAGCGCGGCAGCAGUGCUGGCUGGCGGCGUGACCAUCCCCCUCAUCAGGGAGCAACAACCCCCCGACGAACCAUCCACCACCACCACCACCCCCUCCUCCUCCUCCUCCUCUCCCUUCCCUCCCCCCUUCCCCUCGCACCUCACUCUCUGCCUCCCCCCACUCUACGGCCCGUCCCUCUCGCCCCGCGCCCUCCUCGAGUUCCUCUCGUACCACCGCCUGCUGGGCAUCGACUCCUUCCUGCUCUACAACGCAGGGGGAGCCACAGAGGGGGUGAGGGAAGUAGUGAGGCGGGAGGAGGAGAAGGGGAGAGCAGUGCUGUUGGACAUGAUGGGGCUGUUGGAGCGGGAGCACAUGUGGAAUCACGGGCAGGUGCCGGCUCUGCAUGACUGCAUCUACCGCUCGCGCCUGUCGGCUCGAUGGCUGCUGUAUGUAGACCUGGACUCUUACCUCUGGCUGCCGCCUGUCACUGAGCCGCGCCCUCUGCCCCCCCUGCAUAUCCUGCUAGAGACCUACGAUGCUGGUAACACGGUAACCACCACCAGCAGCAGCAGCAGCAACGGCACAGCUUCUGCUGCUGUCGCCACAGCCGCAGACCCCAGCCUGAGUGGGUGGGGCGACGGCAGCGGCAGCAGCAGGGGCGGCAGCAGCAGCUCAGUGGCCGGCAUCACCUUCGGCUCUCUCUGGUUCUCCAUCCACCUCUGCCGCCCGCGCGCCGACCACGAAAUCGAGGUGCUCGGCCUACCCGACCCAGCAGCAGCAGGCAUGGCAGCUGGGAGAGAAGCAGCAGCAGGAGCGGCCGCAGCAGGGGGCGUACCCAAGGAGUCGCAAUGGGGGGGGGCGAGGGACGGAGAGCUCCAGGUGGAGCGGUUUGUGUUCCACUGGCCCGACCCCGCGUGCCAUGAGAAUGAGCACGAUGGGGAGAGGGUGUUUGACCCGUCGCUGUGCCCGGGGGAGAAGGGCCACCGCAAGUUCAUUGUGGACCCGAGACGGGUGGACACCAUGACUGUCUUCGGCCCCGCCCCUUCCGACCCAGCCUACCCGCGCAUGGCCCACCUGAGCACGAGCGACCUGCAGCUGCUGCACUACCGCGAGCUAGGGUCGGGCACGGAGCAGGGCGUGUGUGACGAGCCCACCCCCCGGUGGCGCGCAGUGGGGUGGUGGCACACGGACGCCACCUAUGGCAAGUCAAUCGCUGCGUUGAGGCAGCGGGUCACCUGCAACUUCACAGCAACUGGGUGUGAAGGCUCACCCUAUUCGUGAUCUGCACGACACAUCAAGCUAUACUGCACAACAUUGCCCCUAUUUUGAGGCAACCAAGUCAGGGAAGAACCUGUCAGAACCAGGGCUGACUUUAUCAGACUAUUUACUCUGAUUAGUCUGAAAUCUCAGACCUAUUUUUUGGCCAAACCUGAAUUUCCAGAUAAGGCAUUUUCCCAAUCCUGAUCCCUUCAGAAACUGAGUCACUAACCACUGAGUAAAAAGGGCUUGUUAAGUAGCGGGUAAGUGCGCCCAUAACCCCCCGGGCUCUGCACCUGUGACCCUUCCCCGAGGAUCUCAAGGGCAACCCCAGUGUGUCUCUUAACAGGACCCUCUCUGCCUCCUUGGCCCGUGAAGUGGAUUCUAGUUAUCAGCACAGCACACACACAUUUCCAGCUGGGGUACAACGGCUGAC